GCGGCGCGGGAGGCUCUGCCCUGGUAGCCCGGGGUGCUCGGGGGGGGGCUCAGCCAUGAAUUCCUCGUCCCCCGUCCCCCGGGCCCCCCCCGGCUUGCUGCAGCUCUGGCAGGAGGAGAACCAGACCCAAGGCGGGCUGUGGAACGGGAGCCAGGAGCUGGGCUGGGAAGAGCUGGAGAAGAUGCUCUUCCUCUUCGCCAAGGAGCCCGUCACCAUCAGCCUCACGGCCAUGUACCUGGUGUCCUUCGUGGUGGGCUUCGUGGGCAACAUCAUGUCCAUCAGGGUGCUCACUCGGAAGCGCCCGAGCCGGGCGUCCAGCCUGAGUGCCACCCGCAGCCUCCUCAUCAACCUGGCCGUGUGCGACCUCAUGGUGGUGUGCGUCUGCAUGCCCAUCACCGUGGGGAACCUCAUCUACAAAGCCUGGGUGUAUGGGGACUUCCUUUGCCGGGCCGUGCCCUUCAUCCAGGCUGUUUCGGUCUCUGCCAGCGUCCUCAGCCUGACCGUCAUCAGCGUGAACCGGUACUACAGCGUGCACAACCCGCUCAACGCCCGCUCUUUCUUCACCCAGAAGAGGAUCCUGAGCACCAUCCUGGUGGUGUGGCUGCUGUCUUCGGGGAUCUGCAUGCCUCUCAUCUUCAUGAACAGACGGGAUGAGAUUGGGGUGGUGGAGGGCCUGCCCCUGGUGUUCUCCAUCUGCAGGGAGAUUUGGCCUCAGGAGAGGCUCAAGCAAGCCUACAACUUUCUGCUCUUCUGUGCUCUCUACUGCCUGCCGGUCCUGUUCAACAUGGUCAUCUGCUUCCUCACGGUGCGCCGGCUGUGGAGCCGCGGCAGCCAGCUGAAGGAGAGCAGUGCCCUGAACCGCUCUCUGCCGGCCUCCAGGCUGAAGAUCCGCAAGAAGGUGGCCCAGAUGGUGGUGGCCCUGGUCCUGCUCUUCGCCAUCUCCUGGCUGCCCGUCUACCUGAUGGACAUCUGGAUCGAUUUCAACAUCCCCAAGUCCUUGCAGGAUGUGACUCCUUCUCCUUGGAUCCUGCAGCUCAGGCCUUUUGCCCAGUGGCUCGGCCUCAACAAUUCCAGCCUCAACCCUAUAUGCUAUUGCUUUGUUGGGAACCUCUACAGGUCAGCCAAGGAGAUGAAGAGCAAGUACCACCAAAGAAUGGUCUCUCUCUUUAACUUCUCUCUGUCGGAAGGGACAACCCGUUCCUCAGUCCCAGAGCUGCUCUCUUACCAGAGCUCCACGCAGCCUGCGAGGAAAGGACCCUCUGCCACAGGCAGGAGGUUUCAGGGAGGACAGGGCAAUAAGAACAAGUGUGGACGCUUGAAUUCUUGCCAGCAUCCACCCCCCAACACUGUCUCCAGUGAGAACACUUCCUUGUAAUUCUGCUCAGGCGGUGCACCUUACCUCCUCACCUGUAUUUAAGGACUCUCGAGAGGUCUUUCUGAGCGAGAUAUUUUAAUGAUGGAAAAAACUUUCUUCUAUUCACUCCCACCACCAGUUCAAAAAUACAGAGACAGGGCAAGAAGGGAAGAACGUGGGGAAAAAAUUUUUAAACAAAUAAAACAUUUUAACUAAAAAACAUAAAAAUAAAACAUUUUAACUCAGAUCAAGUGUUAAGACAAACGAUUUCUACUAGGGACAACUGGACGUGUUACCUGUUGCCCAGCCAGCAGGCACAUGAUCCGACAGACAGCUUCCCAACGAGAGGGCUCUCCCCUGCAGCUCCAUCUCUGAGUGCUACAGCAGAGAAGCAGGUUGGAUACAACAGCAACUUGGCUGCUUGCUGCUCACCCUGCGCCGAUAAAAAGCAGCCAGAACAGGCACUCUCUGCUACAGAUACGUCAGUUAUUACCAGCAGUGAAGAAACACUAGAAACAGCAUCAUAAAAAAAUUAGUGGGGAAUUUCACACACUUUACCACUCAAGAUUUCACUGUCUGAUCGUAUUGUUUCACUCCCCCCUGCAGAUAAAUUCUCCUGAUGUGAAGAGACAGCACCAGAAGUACUAAAGGAAUCAUCACCACUCCACGUUUGGAAAUUCAGAAUGGAUAAUGGAGCCCUGGAGGUGAUUUAGAAAAUGCAAUAGGAAAAUAUUCUUUGGGUAUCAGCUGUCUUUUUCUUACCGCUAUGUUACCGUGUGUGGAGUCAAAAGAACCAGGCUUCUAUUAACGUGAUUUGCACUUGAAAAACCAGCGCUUGUUUGGCUGUGUCUGUACCAAGCUAAGUCAAUGGCAUGUGAAAAUAAAAAUAGAAAGUGUUUUAUAGCUAGUAAAAUCAGAAUCAAAUAAUGCAAUGCUAUUUGUCUGGGAAGGAGAGAAUCAAAGUGCUUUCUUUUCCCGAGGAUCAGAAGUAGGUUAAAAUCUAUUUCUUCCAUCAUUUCUUUUAAAAGAGCCUUUGAUAAAUAAAUUGUAUAUUUUUAUUAUAUUAGCAUCAAAAGGCCUCACUAAAGCUUAAGAAUCCCAUUGCACUGAGCACUGGGGUUGUAUAAGGAGGGGAAACCUUUCUCCCAAAGAUCUCAAAGUGCAAACACACCAGAGCAGGCAACAGGUGGGAGGAAAAAAAAUACAGCAAUGCUCGGCAGGGCUGGAAUGAAACCACAGAUUGGCCCCUACCCUGUGCCUGCCCCGUGCUGGCUACGAGGGGCUGCAUGCUGCAUCCUGAUGCUGCCAGAAGAGUCUGUCCACACUGAUUCAU